AUGAACGGUGAACAAACUCCAGACGAACGAACCCACGUGUCUGAACGUCUCGGUCGUGCGUUUAUCGCGUUGACGAGCGAUAGUAGCAAACUGGUGGUUCGUGAUAAUAGAAAACCGGUAUUUACACGAUGCGGUCAAUAUCACGCGAGUGUAAAAGAAGAACAAGAAUAUGGGACUCCAGUAUUGACCGUUCAUGCCGUGGACAAGGAUCCCCCCGACGCCGGGGGUUCCGUUGAGUAUGCAUUUGUGGCGGCCCCUGGCGAACGUCUCAAGUUUCACAUUGACCCGCAAACUGGCAAUAUCACGACACGACAUUCAUUCGACCGAGACGAGCCUGCCCGCGAGAAGGAGAUUUAUGUGACAGUUCGCGCAACCGACAACGGAAAGCCGCCCCUGGAUGACGUGUGUGUCAUUCGCAUCAACAUAGAAGACAUCAACGACAACUCGCCUGUCUUUGAUAAAGUCGUAAGUGGCUUAUUUCUUGAUCUGCAUUAUGACAGUUACAAUAUAUGGCAUAAACCACGACUGCGGACCAUUAGACAAACAAGAAUAGACACUUUAUCUAGCGAUAGUAGCAAACUGGUGGUUCGUGAUAAUAGAAAACCGGUAUUUACACGAUGCGGCCAAUAUCACGCGAGUGUAAAAGAAGAACAAGAAUAUGGGACUCCAGUAUUGACCGUUCAUGCCGUGGACAAGGAUCCCCCCGACGCCGGGGGUUCCGUUGAGUAUGCAUUUGUGGCGGCCCCUGGCGAGCGUCUCAAGUUUCACAUUGACCCGCAAACUGGCAAUAUCACGACACGACAUUCAUUCGACCGAGACGAGCCUGCCCGCGAGAAGGAGAUUUAUGUGACGGUUCGCGCAACCGACAACGGAAAGCCGCCCCUGGAUGACGUGUGUGUCAUUCGCAUCAACAUAGAAGACAUCAACGACAACUCGCCUGUCUUUGAUAAAGUCCAAUAUUUGGAAUCAGUACCGCAAGAUUUGAAGGUAGAUCAUGAAGUAAUGAGAAUAUCAGCAACGGAUAUAGACAACGGAAAUAAUAGCGUUGUCCAUUACACGCUUAAAUCAGGAUCUCUGGACGAUAGUUAUUUUAGAAUAGAUAAAAGUACCGGUGUUAUAUAUCUGCAAAAACCAAUCGAUAAAAGUCCUGGAUAUAAAUUUCGUCUUAUGGCUAAAGCUGAGGAUCAGGGCGAAACACCACUAUCGAAUCAAAUAGAGCUUGAGAUUCAAGUAGUCGAGUCUAAUAAGAAAUCGCCUAGUUUUAUUGGAAGUCCAUAUGAACCAGUAAGCAUGCCAGAAGAUUUCAAAAAUUUUGCAGAUCCUAUAAUCACCAUCCAAGCAGUGUCGAACAUAUUAGAACCGGAUCUACUUUUCGAAUUGGUGACUGGUCGUACAGAACAAACGAAUAAACUUAACAAUUUUCGAUUGGAAUCGGCUGGGAACAAAGCUCAUAUUAUAUUGGCUAAGCCACUGGAUUAUGAAUCUAUAGCCGAAUACACUUUGACUGUACGUGCACAAAAUGCACAUAAUUUAGCAGCCGAGACACAAAUUCAGGUUCAUGUGACAGAUGUGAACGAUAACAUUCCAUAUUUCACGGAAGUCGUUGCUGGAUCUGUAUCCGAGAACGAACCUCCAGGGAGCCCAGUGAUGCAGGUAAAAGCUAUAGAUCGAGACGCAACAAGUGCGCAUAAUAUUGUAACAUACACGUUGGAAGAUCAUCAGGACUUAUUCACUAUCGAUAGAAAUACAGGAAACAUUACAACUCUACGAGAAUUUGAUCGGGAAGAUAAAGAAGCUUAUAACGUUAAAAUUCGGGCGAACGACAAUUCUCCUUCAGCACUUCUACCUGGUGGCGACAGAUAUCAUUUUGGUGAACAAACGUUUAGAAUAGAAAUUUCUGAUAAAAAUGAUAAUCCACCUUAUUUUACAAAAGAAGUAUUUGUCGCUGAUGCCAUUUCAGAAGAUGCCAAUGUUAAUGCCCUAGUUACUGAAAUUGAAGCUAAAGAUCAAGAUACAGCAUCUAUUAUUGAAUAUUCCAUAACUGGUGGUAACACAUAUGAUGCGUUUUCAAUUGAGAAAACAACUGGUAAAAUUCGAAUAAAAAAUAAGCUUGACUAUGAAAAUAUAACAGAAUACACAUUGAAUGUGAGAGCAUUUGAUGGUAUUUAUGAAGCUAGAGCCAAAGUUGAAAUCAAAAUUGAAAAUGUCAAUGACAAUCCACCGCAGUUUACUAAACAGAAUAUUACUGUUUCCAUUUUGGAAGAAACAUUGCCUGAGGGUUGUAUUGCCUAUGUGGAAGCUUAUGAUCCAGAUAUACCAAACAGAAAUGCCCCUCAAGGAAUAGUAUAUUCUAUAGUUAAAGAGGAACAAAGAAAAUUACUAUCUAUUGAUGAAAGUGGCUGUUUAAGACUUAUAAAGCCAUUGGAUAGAGAUCCGCCAAACGGUUUUCCACGAUGGCAAGUAAUUGUUUCUGCUGUAGAUGAAAAUGGGGGACCAGGAGGUGUCAGUAAUUCUACCGAAGUUAUUAUUGAAUUAGAAGACAUAAAUGACAAUGCUCCCUACCUUAGUAACAUUCAACCAGUCGUUUGGUAUGAAAAUGAACCCCCAAAUCGUCCAAUUGUGUUGUUGACUGCUAAAGACAAUGAUUCAGAUAUAAAUGGACCACCCUUUCAAUUUGAUCUUGAUUUUAGGGCUUCUGAUGAUGUGAAAAUGAAAUUUGAAAUAAGAGAAGGUAAAUAUCUAUACCCACUAGUGACUUUUGACAGGGAGGAAAUAAAAGAUUACUUCAUAGACAUAUCUAUAACUGAUAAUGGUACACCAACUAUGACUGGUGUAAGCAUACUCCAUGUUGUAAUUGGCGAUGUCAAUGAUAACAAAAUGCAACCAGGAGAAAGCUCAAUAUUUGUUUAUAAUUAUAAGGGUGAAUCUCCAAAUACGGACAUCGGCAGAGUAUAUGUGAAUGACCCUGAUGAUUGGGACUUGCCCGAUAAACGAUUUGAAUGGUUGGAUGGUCUUGUUGACCCUAAGUUCAUUUUAGACAGUGAUACUGGUAUGAUAACUAUGAGGCAGGGUACUCAGGAUGGGAUAUAUAGACUCAAUUUCAAGGUGACAGAGGAAUCAUUAUUGAUAGAAAGACAUUCAGUAGACGCAUCAGUGACAAUCACAGUUAAAGAAAUACCAGAGGAAGCAGUAGAUAAGUCAGGAUCAGUUCGAUUAUUGGGCAUAACGGCCGAGCAAUUUAUUCAAUCUAACCAUUUUGCGGAACCUAGUCUGAAAGAUAAAUUUAGAUUGAAAUUAGCUACACUAUUGAAUACUUCAUAUGAAAAUGUUGAUUUGUUCACUGUUUUGCAUCAUAAUGAUAAUACUAGUCUUUUAGAUGUGAGAUUUUCUGCUCAUGGGUCACCUUAUUAUGCACUAGAAAAAAUUAAUACCAAAGUGGGCAUGUCAUACAAGGAGAUUGAAGAAGAACUAGGUUUAAAUAUAUUUAUGAUAAAUAUUGAUGAAUGUAUGGAAGAGAAAGUUAAUUGUGAAUCAAGUUGCACUAAUCACUUAGAAAAGUCAACUACACCUUAUGUAGUUUAUACAAAUAAAACGAGCUUUGUUGGAGUAUCUGCGAUUGUGCGAGCUGAUUGUACUUGUGCUGCGCCGCCUCUAGUAAUUUGUCAGAAUGGUGGAACUCCAUUUGAUAUCUGCGAAUGUCCGGAAGGUUUUGAGGGACCAGCAUGUGAAAUUAUCUCAAUCGGUUUCACUGGAGAUGGUUGGGCUUUAUAUCCUUCAUUGAGUGCCUGUGAAUCUUCUCACAUUUCGUUAGAAGUUAAUCCUUAUCAAGAAGAAGGUCUGAUACUGUUUGCUGGACCUAUGCAUCAUAACAGCUUGUUUGCUGUUCAAGAUUUUGUAGCACUUGAACUACAUGAAGGCUAUCCAGUUUUGCUUGUAGAUUAUGGAACAGGUUCUGUUCGUGUGGUGCAUAGACAUAUUAAAUUGACUGAUGGGGCUAGUCAUAGAAUAGAUAUUACUCUUCAAAA